AUAAAGUGGUCAAAGAAUCAAUUCCAAUCCUUCUUCCUGCAAAUGGAAAACAAAAGCCAAGUGGGUUAAAUGUGGAAGGUGAUAAAGAUUAAGUCUAAAGUGAUAUGUAAUUUAUGUUGAUGAAUAUGCCUAUCUAACCACAUGGCCCUGAGACCUUCACACAUGUAAAGACAACUAUGCGAGGAAAGUGUUGAUGUAAGGAUAGUAACGCUAGCUUUCGGUAUGAGGUAUUGUUGGUUUUGGAGGAGGACAUGUUGAUAAGUAGCGAAUGAUCCUUGCUGGUUAUAAGGGUUUGAUCAAGAAGAAGAAUUGAGAAGAUGAAACACCUUGCUCGGAUUCUAAAGGAGUUAGAAGAAUGUAACACAGAACAAGACUCCUCGGGCAUUACGCUCUCGCUGAAACCAGACAAUCUCACUCGCUUGAUUGGCAGCAUCGCCGGUCCCCUCGGCACUCCUUAUGAAGGAGGCUCCUUUCAGAUCCAUAUCGCAUUGCCUGGUGCAUACCCAUACGAACCUCCCCGAAUGACGUUUAUUACCAAAAUUUGGCACCCGAAUAUCAGCAGUCAAAGUGGGGCGAUGUGCCUCGAUAUAUUGAAGGACCAGUGGAGCCCUGCAGUCCGUCUUAAAACGGCUCUUCUUUCGGUCCAAGCUUUGCUUUCUGCUCCUGAACUCCGUGAUCCUCAAGAUGCUCUAGUAGCACGACAGUAUAUUUGUGAGUAUCAAACAUUCAUCGAUACAGCUCGUUCCUGGACAGAAAAUUUUGCCAGGGUGCCUUCUUUAGGGGUUGAGGAAAAGACGGGAACAGAUGAAACGGUUUCGCCGAUGAUUUGGUGAGAAGUAGUCUAGCAGCCAUUGGCGGUGAUGAAGGCUAAGCUCUUGAAGGACUUUUGACCUGGUGAUCUGUGGUGGAGCUGCCAACUUAGUAAAUUCUCAUCUACCAAGUGAAUCUGAAUACUAUAGAUUGCACAAAGGAUUAUAUUUGAAUAAAAGCUGUUAAGUAUUGUCUGAGGUUAUGAGACUUUGCUUAUCAACUUUUGCUGGAUAACAUGGAGUUAAAGUUUGCUUUCUUGAAUGAUUACUUGCGUGCUAAGUCUCAUGAUCAUUCAAUUUCUUCGAA